GCCUCUUGAUAGGAGUUUAUCAAAUUCCACCUAUGAAUUUUAGAUUUAUCUUAUUAAAUGAAAUAUUUUUUUCCAUAAUUCAACUUGUUACAAAGAUUAUUUGUUUGUUUUAGUUGCUAAACAAAAAACACUUAUCACACACAAAAAAAACACUUAUCACACCACAAAAAAUUUCAAUUUUUUAAAACAACACAGUAACCAACCAAGAAAUCCCUUUACCCAAACACAAAUCCCAUCCGUCCGUUCAUGCGAACUGCAUGGCUCAACCGUCCGAACCUCAUCGCCGCCGUAACAACAACCACAUCUCCUCCUUCCUCCAAUCCACCACUUCAAAUUUCCUCUCUCUAUUCAAUCCACCUCCUCCUCCACCUUCACCUCUCCCUCCCUCCACAAUCUCCCUCCCUCUAUUCUUCGCGCCACCUCUCUCCGCCGUAACAUUCGACUCCACCGCCGAGUCAACUCGUCCUUCCGCUAAAUCGGUUAGAGUAUCGAGACUCAAUUCCAAUGGUAAAAGUGGUGGUGGUGGUCCCGCUUUUGUUGGUCAGGUUUUCAGUAUGUGUGACCUCUCUGGAACUGGUCUCAUGGCUGUUUCUACUCACUUUGAUAUUCCAUUUAUCACUAAAAGAACCCCAGAGUGGCUGAAAAAAAUGUUUGCAUCAAUCACCAAGAGUGAGAGGAAUGGUCCUGUAUUUCGCUUUUUUAUUGAUCUAGGAGAUGCAGUUUCAUAUGUCAAAAAACUGAAUAUUCCAAGUGGCGUGGUGGGUGCCUGCCGUCUUGAUUUAGCAUAUGAACAUUUCAAGGAAAAGCCUCAUUUGUUCCAAUUUGUUCCAAACGAGAAGCAGGUCAAGGCAGCUAAUAAACUUCUGAAGACAAUCCCUCACAAUGGUGUUGGGAAAAAGGUCGAUGGAGUGCCUGUGUUUAGUGCUCAGAACUUGGAUAUUGCAAUAGCAACUACAGAUGGAAUUAAAUGGUAUACUCCCUACUUCUUUGAUAAAAAUAUGCUUGAUAACAUUCUUGAAGAAGCUGUUGAUCAACAUUUCCAUACAUUAAUCCAAACGCGGCAAAUUCAGCGGCGGCGAGAUGUGGUUGAUGAUAACUUGGCGGCAGAAGUGAUUGAGGAAAUUGCAGAUAGUUUAGGGGAGCCUCCAGAGGUUCAAGAUGUGCUUGAUGAAAUGGGCCAUCCUAGUAUACCAUUUAGUGUUAUUUCGAAAGCUGCAGAACUCGAGUUCCAUUAUAAUGUUGACAAAGUACUCUUGGGUAAUAGGUGGUUGCGGAAAGCGACAGGCAUACAACCGAAGUUUCCAUAUAUGGUUGACUCAUUUGAAAGAAGAAGUGAAGCAUCGUUUCUGAGAAUUACAGGAUCAAGCAGCUGCCCCGAUAAUCCUAAAUUCGACGAUGAAGCUAAACAAACUGACUGUACAGACUCUUCUGAAUAUAAUUUGGAUGACAGCACUGAAGCAGCCAAAGACCAUCAUUCCAAAUUAAGGCUACCUUUUGGUGAUUGGUUUCAUCACCCAGAUCCAAAACCUUCACCUGAAAAAUCAGGGUUAUCCAGAAAUGGUGUAAAUAAAGAAGAUUUGAAACAAAAUACCUUAAUUCCAAAAAUUACAAUGGUUGGUCUCUCUACAGAAGAAGCAGGUCAGAUGAGUAAAGCUAGUUUGAAAAAAACAAUGGAUGAUUUGACAAAAGAGUUGGAGAAGACAGAACUAGAUAAUAUUUCUGGUGGUGGUAGCAACCAAUGCAAAUUAGAAGAUAGGGAUCCAUUGUUUGUAGCUAAUGUGGGUGAUUACUAUUCUAGCGUUGGAAGGAGAGGAAAUCCUCGUUGGAUUCGAGGAGGAUCGAACUAAAACUUGCUUGGUAACCAUUUCUCAUUUUGGUCGAAAACUCACAAACUACACAUUGGAUUUGAUUCGAGGAGGGUCUAACUAAAGCCUUUUUGUUGUCAAGAAGAAUGUUUCAUUUGGCGGUUGUUUUGGAUAUUUAUUGGUGUCUCCAAACAAAUAAGAUUGGGAAAAUCAGGUUACUGUUUAACUAAAGUUGGAUGAUCAAUCUUGAGAUUAUGUCUGAUCAUAAUGUUGUACAUCAUCAUCAUCAUCAUCUAUGUAAUUUAUCAAUGUUUCCCAUUUUUCUGACUUCUGGGAUGUUGAAUAAAAAUCUUGUAUUACAGAAUAAUAACUAGCUAGAAACUUAUACUUAGUUCUGUGGAAAAAAAAAUGAAAGUAUUAUCCAUCA